GUGUGCCGGUAAAUUUACGUUCUUCUCAAUUCUUAGUGCCUCAAUUUGAUGGUCUUUUGAAUUCUGUUUGUACAUUUUCGCUUACUAUUCAUUCAUCGAGUAGCACUAGAUUUUCAGUGCAGCUAGGGUUUCGGAAUUCAUUGAACUUGUUCCUACGGUUGUCUUCUUCUGAGUGAGAAUUUCGCAUUUCUUCAUUGAAUUCUCGAAUUUGUUUUCUGUUGAGGUUUGUCUUAUCUCUGUAUCCACCGUUUUCCGUAAAGGAGUUCAAUUUAGUUACAUCUGUGUGAUUUUCUUCUGAAUUGUGUCCAUAUAGAGCUCAUUUUCUUCGUGUACCUUUCCAAUUUGGACAAUUGAGAUCCUUUGACGUUGUCGUGAUGUUGGUCCUUUGAGUCUCUGCAACUAAAAUCUAAUGUCUCUACUGACUCUCCACCGUAUUUUAUUCACAGAAAAUUCUACUGCAGUUGCUGCUCUUAUAGGUUGUAACUCCAUUUCUUAUAGUUUUGAAGGACCUCAGCAUUUAGCUCCCCAGUCCCUAGAAUUUUUACUUCCAGAAAUUUGGUUGCAAGGGUCUUGACUAGCAUAAGAACCUUUCAACGAGAAUUUCCGAUCAAAUUCUAUUUGAUGUAGUUUCAGUUAGUGUCUCCUCGUACUGCCCCAUGCAGUAUUCAAUCUUCAUCCGUUUAGGGUUUUAAUGCAGAGCCUCUGCCAUCCCGAGCAAGUCACUUGGAAGGCUUGUUAAGUAGGGAAUCGGCUCCAAAUUUGAGUUGUUAUGGUUGGUUUUGAGUAAUGGCUGGCAGUACAAGAUUUGAGUUGACUUCAGGUAGCCUGGAGGGAUCAGCCUUUGCUGCCACUUAUCCAAAUGGACAACGGAGCAAUUAUGCUGCUGCCAAUUUGGAUAGGUUGAGGAGCUUCCGGGAGGGCAUGGAGAACCGGAUGCUAAGUUCUGGUCCAGGGUCGUCCCGAGGGAGUAAUACCUUCUCAGCAAACAUGCCACCUUUGUCCCAGUGUUUGAUAUUGGAGCCAAUUGCGCUUGACGAUCAGAAAUUUACUCGUGCAGGAGAGCUAAGGAGGGCUCUGGGUGUUAAUUUUGGAAAUACCUCCGAGGACCAUUUUUUUGGAGCUGUCCACUCCAAGGCUCCUUCUCCAGGAGCAGUAGACGAACUGAAACGAUUCAAAGCAUCUAUCAGUGAUGCCUGUAUCAAAGCGAGGGAGAGAGUGAAAACUUUGAAUGACUCCGUAAUAAAAUUGGACAAAUAUUGUGAAGCCCUCAACUUGAGGAAGAAACAACGGAGUGAACUCUUAUCAAGCGAAAGGUCAGGUGGGACUAAUUUGUUGAAGAUGGGGGUUCAGACCCAUCAGAACCGUCCCAAUCUUGUAACUCAAAGGCUGGAGGAGAGGGCUAAGAAUGCUGUUCAGAAUAAGAGAGUUCGUACAUCAGUUGCGGAAGUAUGGUCAGAAGGUCGGAAUUCUACCCUUUUAAGGCAAGCUGGGCUCAUUGAAAAGGAUAGGGAUGUGCUCAGGACUGGCAAUGGGGUUCAAGUUGAAGAAAAGGUCCGUGGACUUCCUGUAGGUGGGGAAGGGUGGGACAAAAAAAUGAAAAGGAAACGUUCUGUUGGUACAGUUGUUACUCGAGCUAUGGAUGGUGACAGAGAGGUUAAACGAGCUGUGCAUCAGAAGCUUAAUAGUGAUCCUAGACCUCGAUCUUGUGAUACCCAUGGUUUCAGGUAUCUUUUUUUGUGGUUCUGUUUACAAGUUGUCCCAAAGUUCAUUUUUUUCUGUGAAAUAUAAUAAUUACUCACCCUU